AUGGACAAAGAAAUUGCGGUGUGGGAUCCAGUAACUGGCAAGUUGAAAUGGCGUCUAGGAGGAAUUCCCGAGCUUGGAGUUAUAAAUAAGCUACAAUGGUUCAGCGGGAUCAACUGUGUGUUAGCAGUCUGCAUUAUCAACGAGCAGUUCAUCUUAAGUUUUCUUGACCACAGGGUGAAGAAGGUUAUCCUUGACAACGUACCCUUUACAUUGGCCUACAUGAUCGCAGAUGCAGUGGCAGAUGAGACCAGGAUCAACAUUUAUUUGAUAGAUGGGUUCAUGAAUCUAGGCUUCCUGGAUUGUAGGCAGCUUCCGUUUCAGGAAGGGAUUCAAUGGAUGUCGGAGAACUCCUUCGUCCUGGGUGACGAUUUUUCCCGGCCUGAAUCAAUCCAUUGUCACGAGGGGCAACUGUUUGCACAUAUGAGAAGUAAUGCAUCCGCCUUCUCGAGUGAUGACUGGGUCCUCGCUAAGGUUCAG